UCAUCACGAAAAUUGGCACGCAUGUAGAAAAAACAUCAAAGUUUCUUGACAAAAAAAUUCAGAUUUUUUUGAAUUUUUUUACUAUUUUUUCGGAUUUUACUGUUCAUCCGGGAUCACUGGUGCCCGGGAUCAAUUCCUCCGCGUCCUAGAUACAUCCUUUUUAUCCAUUUUGAUGACAAGUAUUUUCGGACGGAGGGAGUACUAUAUAUAUUAGUUUUUCGUUUCCCGUUGGUCUGGGUUUCGCGAUGCUGCAUACCAUGCUUGAGUCUGUAAUAAUGCCGAUCAGGGUCAGGGUCAGGGUCAGGGUCAGCCGGUGGCUUGCGUCUCGGGACAUGCAUGUUUCAGUCGAGGGAUGUCCGUCCAAUCGUCGCAUGCAGCGAUCGUGCGUGUUGGCAAACCCAUAGGAGAUGCCGGAGAAGAAGUGGUCCAGAACAGGAUACAAGGUAUCACCACCACCAGAGUGCUUCACCUGACAAGUUCCUUGUCUUCUGUGAAAGGGUUUCUUCCUCCCCCGCCUCCAGGACACGGCAGCUCACGUGUGCAACCAUAUAAAUGUAGGUGUAGGCACGUAGCCUCUGCAACCAAGUACCGCAUACUCGCCAGCUACAUUCCUCAGAGACGCAACAAGUUAUUCAGCAGAAAUCAGCCAUGGCCGCCAUCGCAGGCCGCGCGUACGAGGACUUCGUGCCGCCGCACAACAUGGUCACCGAGCCGGCGACCCACACCCUCUCCGUCGAUCUCACCGCCGCAGGGUACAAGAAGGAGCACAUCAGGGUGCAGCUGGUCCGCAGCCACGGGCUAGUGGUCGUGCGCGGCGAGCGCGCCGUCGCGGGCAACCGCUGGAGCCGCUUCCGCCUCGAGUUCCGCGUGCCCGACGGCUGCGACCUCAAGGGCAUCCACGCGAGGUUCGAGGGCGGCGUCGUGCGGGUCACCAUGCCCGGGCUAAGGACCGCGGUCGGCGACGUCUCUGGUAAGCAGGUGCCCCCGGCGGCCAAGGCUGAUGCUUCCGGCGUUGGAGCAGGAGACAAGGAAGACGAGAACGUGCAGAAACAGCCGGCGGAGGAGCGCGGGGCCGACGCGGUCAAAGAUAGUGCCCGCCUCGAUCAAGGACAAGAUAGUGGCCGCCUUGAUCAAGGACAAGGUACCCCUGCCGACGGCGUCCGGGGAGUGGAGUCGCCGGCGACGUCGUCAGGCCGCGGAUACAGCUACCUCCCUGAACGGAGAAAGCUUGUGACCACCGUGGUUGGCGCGGUGCUCGUCCUGUUUAGCCUUGGUAUCUACGUCAGGUACAGCUUCGGCCCAUGAGCUGAGGCAAGAAGCGUUGACUACUCGACGUCAGAUGAGCGAUGAGCCUAAACGAUUUGGCGCCAAAACGUUGUGCAAGUGCGAUAGUGCUAAGCGAUGCUCGGGUUGACUCAAUUGUAUCCUAAACCUAAACUACAGCUGCUUAAGAUUCAUGA